AUGUCUCGCCAGGAGAAAAUGACUGCUCAGAUGUGUCAUCCCCCAGCCAAAUCGACCGUUACGAAGGCAACAGCCGACCAUUCAAGCGUGUCGUCAGCGGAUUCUCCGGCUUCAACAGAUGCCACGAGUGUGUCCUUGACUGAACCUGUGUCGCUAAAGAUAACCUCAAACCUCUUACACAAGUCGCCCCUCCCGAUCCCCUCAGCAGAGCUUCAAGACAAGAAAGCUCCUACCCGGUUUGAUAAAAUGUUGGACGACCUGAAAAAUAAAAGCCCGGAGGAGCUCGCUGCGUAUCUACAGAAGUAUGGCCCAAAGAUUGUCCGCGAGGGUGACCCUAUCCCUUACGAUACAGACGCAGAUAUCAAGUAUUCCAUGGGAGAGGAGUACUAA